UCACAAAGUUACAUACAUACGUGCGUAAGCCGGGCACUUUAACAUUUCCGCUGCUGAACAUACAUGAAUGUGCUUUGUUAUCGCGAGAACACCAAUAACAAUUGCCAUCAUCAUCGUCGUCGUCGUUAUGGCUGUCGCUAAUCGAGAACGUUGCGCGCGUGCUCGUGUGCUCCGCCAGUUCUUCCUGUGCUCCGUCUACGUGCCCAUGUGCACCGAGAAGGUGGACAUCCCCAUCGGACCGUGCGGCAGCAUGUGCCUGGGCGUGAAGACGCGCUGCGAGCCCGUGCUCAACGAGUUCGGCUUCUCGUGGCCCGACAGCCUCAACUGCAGCCGCUUCCCGCCGCAGAACGACCACAACCACAUGUGCAUGGAGGGCCCCGGCGAGCAGGAGGACGGUGGCGGCGACGGCGUCGGCAAAGCGGACGACGGGCGGAAGAAGUUGACGUCGCUCGUCGGCGUCGGCGGCGGCGCCGGCGGAGACGAGCCGGAUGCUCGGCACGACGACGCCGACGGCGGCGGCGCCGUCGUAGUGGCGCCGAGUCCCGAGUGCCGGGACAUGGGCCCCAACUGGGAGCAGUACGUGUGGGUUCGUCGCGCCGGGCGCUGCGCCCUGCGCUGCGGCUACGACAAGGGCCUCUACGGCCGCCCAACCAAGGAGUUCACUGACCGCUGGAUGGCCGUGUGGGCCGGCCUCUGCUUCGUGUCGACCGCCUUUACCGUGCUCACGUUCAUGAUCGACUCGUCGCGCUUCUCGUACCCGGAGCGGCCCAUCAUCUUCCUCAGCUGGUGCUACAACGUCUACAGCGUGGCCUACGUGGUGCGCCUGGCCGUCGGCCGCGAGCAGCUCGCCUGCGACCUGGAGGACGCGGCGCCGGAGCCGUUCCUCAUCCAGGAGGGCCUCAAGAACACGGGCUGCGCCAUCGUCUUCCUCUUCCUCUACUUCUUCGGCAUGGCGAGCUCCAUCUGGUGGGUGGUGCUCACGCUCACGUGGUUCCUGUCGGCGGGCCUCAAGUGGGGCCACGAGGCCAUCGAGCGGCACAGCUCGUACUUCCACAUCGCCGCGUGGGCCGUGCCGGCGCUCAAGACCAUCGUCAUCCUCAUCAUGCGCCAGGUGGACGCCGACGAGCUCACGGGCCUCUGCUACGUGGGCAACCAGAGCCUGGAUGCGCUCACGGGCUUCGUGGUGGCGCCCCUCUUCACCUACCUCGUCGUGGGCACGCUCUUCAUCGCCGCGGGCCUCGUGGCGCUCUUCCGCAUCCGCUCGAACCUGCAGAAGGGCGGCGCCAAGACGGACAAGCUGGAGAGGCUCAUGGUGAAGAUCGGCGUCUUCUCGGUGCUCUACACCGUGCCGGCGACGUGCGUCAUCGCCUGCUACUUCUACCAGAUCUCCAACUGGGACCCGGCGAGGCGGGGCGCGCCCGGGGAGCCGAGCGCCGUCGCCGUCGAGAUGGUGCGCAUCUUCAUGUCGCUGCUCGUGGGCAUCACCUCGGGCAUGUGGAUCUGGUCGGCCAAGACGCUCGGCUCGUGGAGGAGGUGCUCCGGCAGGCUGGUGGGGGGCGCCCGCACCAAGAAGGACGCCAGGGGCUGCGUCGUCGUGGCGGCCGCGGCCGCGGCGUCCGGCGCCGUCGGGUGGCUCAAGCCGGGACAGGGGAACGAGACCGCCGUGUGACGUCGGGGGGACCGCUAGCGCCGCCGCCCCUGCUCUGCACCGUUAGCGCCGGAGGUUUGAAGAGUGCCGAGGGUGGCCGGCGUGGCUCUCGGCGUGUUUGCCGCGGCUGCCGGGAGCCUAUCAAAUGAAACUUUUAAACUGUUUUUUUAUUUUACCACUGAGUGAUGUAGCUCUUUUUCAGAAGCGACUUUGCCAAAAAUGAAGUGACUUGUCGCGGCCGAAUACUCUCAACGUGUGACGCUGGUUCUAAAUGUGGAGGGAAAAACUGGAAGACCCGUGGAAAAAUCCACGCGACCACGGGGAGAGAGAGACACGCAACCUCCAGAUACACAACAGCAGGCGUCGGAGUCGUGAUCGAUCCCACGACCUCCUGCAUAGCAGGCGAAGUAGUUAACAUCUCAGAUCCACUGUGGCGGCGUUUUGCUUCGUUGCAGUCGAGGGGAACAACGUUUCACGUUGGUGCGUCGCAUCAACAACAACAAUCAACAACAAAGCAACAUCUUCCCAGGACGUGCGUGCGUUUUUUUUUUACUUUACUCCUACAGAUAAAGUUUGACGUGAUGAAGAGCGAGCGUGCCGUGCUCGUGCUGGCCCGCCGGAGCCGGCGCCACGGCCGUCGUCGUCGUCGUUGGGACGUUAACGGGGGGGGGGGGGGGGAGGCCUCGCUGAAACAAACGGAACCCGACCGAGUAUUCCGCCACGGUGGCGUUCUUCGUUGCAAGGCCCGUGGGCAACCGACGACGUGUGCGCCCCCACCCCCCCACCCUCGAACACAAAUUGUGAAAACACCCCCCACCAUCACCAUCAUCAUCACCGUGCUGCUGUCAACCCCCCCCCCCCCUGCUGCCCCGCAAUGGGUUAAAUCUGAGGCGAUCCUCUUCACCCUGAUGACGUCUUAUCAGCCAAAGUGCCAAACCCCCCCAAACUGCGCGACCCUCUCUCCCGUAGAGGAGUCGUCCAACGAACUUUCUCCCGCAGGAAUGAACUCGGUUUUGACGCGUUGUUCUUUAUUCUAUGACGAAUACGGAGCAGCCUGGCCGACGUGGCUGGCGCAGCGUGCGUUUCGUGAUUUUAGUUUUUUUACGUCGCUGGACAAAAAAAGAUUAUAUGUGAAAAAAAUAAAAAAUUGACAAAAGAUCGAAAGUGAUCGAAAGUGACCACGAGGAUCGAACCCCCGGGGGCCGCGGAUCGCCGCCGCCGCCGCGGUGUUGUGGAGAUCACCUCCCCGUGAGGACGUUGGAACAAAAAUCACGCGAGCCCCCUCCCGCCCGGUUAUCGACGGCAGUGGCGGCAAAUCCCUUCGCGUGGCUGCGACGCCCACCGCCCGCAGCACCAGCGAGCGCCUUCGCGUCAACACCGCGGCACUUCCCUGCGGGCCGAGACUCUGCAGGGCCGUAGUAUCAAGAGCGUCGGCUUUGGGAUUGACCAUGGUUGCUGAUGAUGGUGAUGGUCAUGAUGAUGAUGAUGGUGGUGGUGAGAUUUUUUGCGUGUGUUUAGUUUGUUGUCCUUGACAGCGCUCCCCCACCCACGCACCUCCGAUUAGCACGGUUGGCUAUGUACGGCGCGAAAGAAAUUCCAACACACUUACAUAACGUUACACAAAAACACACAACAGUGCCUUAGCCUGAGUCUUCCCAUUUGUCUCUGUGCCUUAUCGGAAGUUCCUUGACCGCCACCAUCCCCACCCUUCUCUGCCCUCCUUUGCCCUUCAUCUCGAAUUCAAUCGGCUCAAGCCUCCCCUGAACCACGUGACUCCUGCUUGGCCACCCCCACUCUGAAUCCCUCCCCUCUCCACGGCUAGCGACGCCCACUAUGAAAACAGACGCCGCUCCUCCGUGCAGCUCACUCCCAGCCUUGCUCCCUUCCUUCUCUCUUCCCCCCCACCUCCCUCUAUUCCCUCCCUUCUCAUCAUCAUCAUCCCUGACAUCUACAUUACAUCCGCGACUCUAUUCUCCUUCCCGCGGUGUGCCACAGGUACACAGUUUCACUUUCACAAGUGACCCCUCACUUCAUGCUCCUUCAACAACCCCCAAUCCUCAUUCCUUUCCUCCCAUUACCUUGCCUUGCGUCCUCCCUUUCUUUCUGUUCUCAUUCAUCGACCCGGACGCUCAUAAGAUGUCUUCAAUCCACCCCUUUUCUUUCGUUCACUAGCGUUCCUCCGCCGUCGAUGCCAUUAGACAUUUUUUUUCUCUCCAUUAGUCCUCUCCUCUGGGGCUAUUGCUCUCUGAUUCUUCCUCCUGGUCCACAUCUCAAAUGAUAUUGGUCGCGAUACAUAGAGAGCUUCAAAACUAAAAGUGCCUUACCCAGAAUACACCCACCGACCGACCGACCGACGUGCCUAAAGCCAGCGUAGUGCCUAUAUAAGGUGACAUUAUAUACACCUAUGUAUGUGGAACUUGUUUCCGCACGCUACCUAGCAAACCGUGCUCAUUGGAGGUGCGGCCGAAGGACAACAGACGAAACAUGAAAAGCAGUUUUGAAGAAAUGUGUUUUCAAUCGGGAUUUAAACGUGCCAUAGCUCCCAGCGAGUUCCUAAUAGCGGAAGGGAAGAGCGGUCCAGACGGCCGCAGAAGCGCAUCUGGUAAAGCGCUGCGAUGGUGACGAUGAUGCGGUGACCACCGCCUUUGUUUGACGGCCACCCAAAAGCCACCACCGCUCCUGCUGCUGCUGCUGCGAGGAUGGCCGGAGUUCACGCGAUGAUGGUUUAUACCUCCUGUGGUUUGAACCCGAUGGUUUUCAUCUUUGUGCGAUUUUUUUUCACGUUGGCUUUAGACACAAGGAGACCGUGUGUUUCGUAAUCAAAGAACAGAUGUGAUGACAAUGUUUUGUUGCCAUCGUUGUCAAUGACAGACGAUGUUGUUUUUGUUGGAUUAGAUCGCGUAAAUAUAAAUGUGUCGUCGUUAAACCCACCACCACCCGACGCAGCCAAUCAGCGAGGUCUGUCACGUUGAUAAAACGUGUCAAUUCGUUACUAGUUCAGCACACACCGGUUGCGUUGUGGAGAGUAAACCCGCAACAACAUUUAAAAGCCGAGUACUGUGACGUUUCACCGGUAAUUACACCUCAUCAAGAGGCUGGAUGUAAUUUCCAGCGAAACGUUGUAUUAAAAAAUUCAUCUUCUUGGUUAUUUUGGUAAAGUCACGUAGAAGGGAAAUGAUAAAAUAAUAAAAAUAAAACAUAAUAAAAUACAAUUCUCACGACGUUUCGGCCACAACGCAAGCAGCCGUCCUCAGGUGAAGAACAGGUCUGUCGGAAAGACAGCGUCUGAAUGAACACCACCAAGCUUGGCAGCGUAUAUUUAAGCUGCUGGGUUGGAGGAGGAAGGGCGCCUUGACAAAUUGCAUUUUAUGAUGUUUUAUUUGUAUUAUUUCCCUUCUACGUGACUUUACCGAAAGAACCAAGAAUAUGAAUCCCCGCAGUCACAAAAGCUUUAAAUCGAAAUCUAUUAUCGGUGUGGGUUAUUCACAGUUAAUCAACACACAAUAAUGCGCCACUGAUUAACUUCCAUCGUCGAAAUCGGUAAAAUGAACCACCGGCCGUCACGUGUGCACUACUUCGCGAUCCAAGCAUGCGUCCCAACGUCUUUCGUCUCAAGCCAGAGCGAGGGAGUCCCUGUUUGCGAAGAGUGACCUGGGUCAAAUAACAAAGUGGUAAAAAAAGCCCAACAACCAAAGUGAAGUUCGCCAUCGAAGCAGAUCGCAAUCGGCGCCGCAGAACGGCAGAGCCACGCGAGACUUUGAAAGCGAAUCAACGCCGCGUAGUAAACUGAUCACGGGACGAUUACACGAAUAAAGGAACUUGACCUAUAUAUUUUUAUUUUGCAAAGUAAGAUCCCACUGAGCUGUUCAGC